AUGGGCUACAUUAUUGUGAUAUCCUUACCAGUGAUAUUGUUCUUCUUGAUUACUGCUAUUGCCUGUUACCUGUUUGGAAGGGCCCGAGGCAGACAGCAGAGUACUGGGCUUUCUUAUGGGCCUCCAGCUGCACCCCCGCUCGGCCCACAAGCUCCAGGCCCAUACAAAGCAUCUUCCCCCACCAAAACCCUAGCUAAAUAUAACUCUAUUCAUCCUCCCCCAAACCCUAAAUCCACCCCCAACAAUCACUCGCCGCCCAAAAUGCCGCCAAAGUUCGAUCCUUCCCAGGUGGUCGACGUGUUCGUCCGUGUCACCGGCGGCGAGGUCGGCGCGGCGUCCUCCCUCGCGCCCAAAAUCGGCCCGCUUGGCCUCUCCCCCAAGAAGAUCGGCGAGGACAUCGCCAAGGAGACCGCCAAGGACUGGAAGGGCCUCCGUGUGACCGUCAAGCUCACGGUCCAGAACCGCCAGGCGAAGGUCACCGUCGUGCCCUCCGCCGCCGCCCUGGUUAUCAAGGCGUUGAAGGAGCCCGAGCGCGACCGGAAGAAGACGAAGAACAUCAAGCACAACGGCAACAUCUCACUCGACGACGUCAUCGAGAUCGCUAAGGUCAUGCGCCCACGGUCAAUGGCGAAGGACCUGAGCGGGACGGUGAAGGAGAUCCUGGGCACCUGCGUCUCCGUCGGCUGCACCGUCGACGGGAAGGACCCGAAGGAUUUGCAGCAGGAGAUUGCCGAUGGUGACGUGGAGAUUCCUCUUGAUUGA